UUUCAUUUUUUCCUCUGCUCAUCUUCUUGAAAUCUGAACACAGCAUGUGGAGUGGAGUUUGUAUAAAAUUCACGAGAUGAUUUGAAGACAAGGCAACGAAAACUAGUAGUGAUGAAGAGGAAGCACAGGGAAGGAGGAGGGAAAAAGGAAGGUUCCGCCAUUGAUGAUCGUGAAAAGGAAGAAGAAGAGGAGGAGAAGAUCAAUACUUUCUACAAUUUGGUUCGAAAUAUCCGUGAAGUUCAUACCCAGAUGCUGAUGGGUUCGGGCGAGUCAAAGGAGAACAGAAAGGAAAAACAAAAACAAGAGCCGACGAAAUCCACUUGGACCCCAUCGUUCACGUGGGAGGAUUUUGCCGAGGACGAACAAUCCAGAUCAGAAAGCAAUGCUAAUUCUUCCAAGACCAAUGAAAAUCCUAAAAUCGGAGAGAAGAGACAAGAUUUCGAUCUCAACCGUCCAGUUUAACCCUCUGGAUUCGAGGCGGAAUCAUCUAAUCUGUAAUUCUAUUCCACUCUUACUUUGCUUUGUUUAUCUUGUGAUUGAUGAUUAUGACCAGAAAGUAUUGAUCUUUUUUCAUAUCAAUUUGAGAAUUUCUUUGAUUUGCUUGU